UGGUGAGGACUGGAUCCCUUGGAGGCGUUUUGGACUAUUUUUGUUCUUAGGACAGAAACUCUCUCACUUCCCUCUGCCAGGAUAAAUAACAGGAAACAGCUGAUCCAGCUCGGUCCUUCACUCACUCGUCUUCAUCAAAUCAAAAUGAGAACGUUACUGUUGUUGCUUCUCCUCUGUCACGUUUCAUCACCAGUGCUACACUCCCUGAAGCAUUUCAUAACUACAUCAGCUGGAAUCCCAAACAUCCCAGAAAUUGUGGCGACAGUAGAAGUUGAUGAACUUCUGAUGGUGUACUGUGACAGCAACAAAAAGAUGGACAUAAAACAUGACAUUGCUAACUUAUUCUUCAUCAAUUAUCCUGAGCGGUUGGAGUCUUACAGACAUCGGUGUUUCCAGGUUUUGCCAAACUCCCUCAAAGCCUACACAAACAGUUUGAUGAGUCUCUUCAUUGGAACUGGAGGUGUCCAUGUUUUACAGACUGUGGAGGGCUGUGAGUGGGAUGAUGAGACUGAUGUGCUCAAAGGUUUCGCUCAGUUUGGUUAUGAUGGAGAAGACCUCUUGGAAUUAGAUCCAAAUACAUUUACAUGGAUCGCUCUAAGACCUGAGGCUGUCAACAUCACACUGAGAUGGGAAGCUGGUAAAGAUUUAAGCGAACGCUAUAAGACCGUUUUUACUCUGAUGUGUCCAGAGCAGCUGAAGACGUAUGUGGAGGAUUUGAAGGACUUUCUGCUGAGAACAGAGCUUCCCUCAGUGUCUCUCCUCCAGAAGACUCCCUCCUCUCCAGUCAGCUGCCUCGCUACAGGUUUCUACCCUCACAGAGCCUCACUCGUCUGGAGGAAAGAUGGAGAGGAGCUUCAUGAGGAGGUGGACCACGGAGAGAUCCUCCCCAACCACGAUGGAACCUUCCAGAUGAGUGUUGACCUGAAACUUUCAUCAGUCACACCUGAAGACUGGACCAGGUACGACUGUGUGUUUCAGCUCUCUGGUGUGAAGGAGGACAAAGUCACCAGACUGGAGAAAGAUCGGAUCAGAACCAACUGGUUGAAGCCCAGUAACAUGACCGUCCUCGUCACUGCUGCAGUGGUUGUUCUUGCUCUCAUUCUCAUCGGUGCUGCUGGAUUCAUCGUUUACAAAAAGAAGAAAGCCAUCAGCCCUCCAUCUGCAGCUCCUGACAACAGCACAGAGCUCUCUGAGCAACUGAAACCAGAGACCUGAAUGACAAACACACUCAGUGAAUCUCCUGGUGACACUUUAUUUAGCUUUGAUGAACUAAAAGACAAAAAAGCUUCUUGCACUGUAAGUAAAGUUACAUAAAAAAAGAUUGAUUGAAAAGCUGGGACUGUUCUAUGUUGUGUGUAUGUAUAUCAAUUGCUUAUUUUUGUAUUUUUGAGCAUUGAUGAAACUGAUUGAUUUUUGAAGCAGCAGGAGGUUAUCUCUCAUUUUGGAGAGACCUCUUUAAGUUAUACUUAUGACUUUGAGUUAAGCAGCAUCCAACAGACCUUUUCCUGUUCUUUUUGUAAACCCUGCACAUAAAUAACUUGCAAUUUUACCAAAAACAUUUAUGUUGCUUCCAUCUUCCCCACGAGCUGGGUCGUAACAGUCUAACUCUAACUUUACAACUUGUACAUCCGUUCAUAGAAAACAUAGACAGUAAUAAUGUAGUUAGGCACGUAGUAGUGGUGACGUU